AUGCAUGGCUUCCAUGAGUUGUACAUUUGGACGCUAUUAGCCGUUGCAGCCUUUGCAACCAUAGCGCAGGCAUGGUCGCCCACGGACUCCUAUGCCCCAGGAGAAGUGGACUGUCCCAGUGGAAACAUUGUUCGUGUUGCCGACAGGAUCUCCGACGAGGAAAAAUCGUGGCUUCAAGGCAGAGACGCGGUGACUCAGAGCCUUGUUGUUGACUUUUUGAGAAAUGCCAACAUGACGGAUAUCAACCCCGACGACUAUGCCCACUUGAACAGAAGCAUCCAUAUUGGGUUGGCCUUUUCUGGAGGUGGCUAUCGUGCCAUGUUGAAUGGCGCGGGCCAAUUGAGCGCCUUGGACAACAGAACUAGGGGCAACUCCUCGUCGAAUAAAGCCCAGGGCUUGGGCGGAUUGUUGCAAGCUAGCACUUACCUAGCCGGAUUAUCCGGUGGCUCGUGGCUCGUGGGGAGUAUCGCUUUGAACAACUUUACCUCCGUGCAGGACAUUGUCGACAAGAAUGAGAUUUGGGAUUUGGAACACUCGAUUAUGAACUAUGGCGGUAUCAAUGUUUUCAAGACUUAUAACUACUACAAGGGAAUCAGUGACGAUCUCGACGAUAAGAAACAUGCCGGGUACGAGUUGUCCUUGACUGAUACCUGGGGAAGAGCCUUGUCGCACCAGUUUUUCACUGGGUUGAAUGAUACUGGUGCAUCCAUGACAUUCAGCUCGUUACAGGAUUGGGAUGUUUUUACCCAGCAUAAUAUGCCGUUCCCCAUCGUGUUGAGCGACACCAGAGCGCCAAACACCACCAUCAUCUCCUUGAACUCGAGUUUGAAUGAGUUUAACGCGUUUGAAAUGGGUUCUUGGGACGCUAGUAUUUACCAAUUCACCAAAUUGAAGUACUUGGGAACCAAGAUGUCCGACGGGAAGAAUAACGGUACUUGUGUUGGUGGCUACGACAAUGCCGGCUUCAUCUUGGGAACUUCGUCGACGUUGUUCAACCAGUUUAUCUUGCAAAUCAACACCACGUCGCUUUCAAACGCUGUCAAGGAUAUUAUCACCUCGAUUUUGCAAGAUGUAUCGGAAGAUGGCGAUGACGUUGCCGUUUACGAACCAAACCCGUUCUACGAAACAGACGUGGGUCUUUCCGAGCACAUUGCCAUGAACGAGACAUACACCUUGGUCGACGGUGGUGAAGAUGGACAAAACAUCCCACUCUACCCCUUGUUCCAACCGGCUCGUGAUGUCGAUGUCGUGUUCGCGUUCGAUAACUCGGCAGAUACAAACUUGUCGUGGCCCAACGGUGCCUCGCUUGUCCAAUCCUACAAACGACAAUUUGCACCUUCAGGAAAUGGCACCAUUUUCCCCUAUGUUCCAGACGAGCAAUCGUUUCUCAAUCUCAACUUGACGGCUAAGCCUACUUUCUUUGGCUGCGACGCCAAAAACUUGACCUCGUUGGGCCGAAACGACAGCAACGUCUACGACGUGCCGCUCUUGGUGUACAUUGCCAACCGUCCGUUUUCCUACUAUGGAAACACGUCCACUUUCAAAAUGAAGUACGAUAACAAAGAGCGUAACUCCAUUAUCCAGAACGGGUUUGAAGUUGCAUCGAGGUACAACUUGACCUUGGAUGAAGAGUGGCCUGCGUGUGUUGGGUGCGCCAUCAUUAGAAGAACUCAAGAGCGCAGCGGACAAGAACAAAGCGAGCAAUGCAAGCGUUGUUUCCAGAGAUACUGCUGGGAUGGAAGCCUCGAUAGCACGAGCGAGCCUGACAAGGUCAAUUUCACCGACAGCGGUCUUACUACUCAAAGUGAGGGUUUGAAGAAACAGAAUGCUGGUAACGUUAUUGCAAUCAGCUGGAGUGUCUGGUUUGCUGCCUUGGCCGUGGUCAGCAUGGUCAUCUUUAAGUAA